GUUUUGGAUGAGGAGGAAGAGACUUAUCAUAUUAAUUACUUUCAAGGAUACAGACAAUUUCAGAAGGUUGGACUGCCUUAUAAACUAUUUGCUGAAAUGGAGAAAGCCAUCUUGCAGCAUCCGGAGCUAGCUGUUAUACAGGCUCGCAUUAAACAGUUAGAUAUAAAGAUAGAUGCUGGGACUAUUAAUUUUAAAAAGAAUAAAUAUAAGAAAGUCCUGAUUAGUAUUUAA